AUGAGCCGCGUGGCGCUGGUGAUGAGCGGCAUUGCCGGUGGAGUUGCUCUUCUUGCUCUGAUAUGCCAGCCUGUCCGCCAAGCCCUUGUCUUCUCAUAUAACUGCUUCCUUCAACCUCUUGGCAAGACGAAGAAUCAGGCCGAGCGUCUUGACCGCUUCUACGAACACCAGGCCGGUGUUUACGACGCCACACGCACAGGUCUUUUGCGUGGACGGAAAACAAUGCUGAAACUGUGUGCGGCUGAAAUGCGUCAGCUGCGUGAAAAGGAGCCACACCGCAAGCUUGUGUGGGCUGACAUCGGUGGCGGCACCGGCUGGAACAUUGAGCAGAUGGACAAAUUUUUCCCCGUCGCCGAGUUUGACCAAAUCUAUCUGAUUGAUCUAUGCGAGCCGCUUCUCAAGGUCGCUCGAGAGCGCUUCAAGCGUCUCGGCUACAAGAACGUACAAGCUCUGUGCCAGAAUGCCAAGGACUUCACUCUACCCGGCUUGGAUCCUGAGCAAAAGGUGGACCUCUUUACAUGCUCGUACUCGAUUUCCAUGAUCCCACCCUUCUAUGCCGUGUUGGAUAGGAUCAACGAGUUCCUUGACCCGAAAGUCGGUGUAUUUGGUGUGGCUGACUUUUACGUGUCUAGCAGUGAAUCAACGUCUGACCAGCUGACACUCGUUGGUGGCUCAAUUAUGCGCCGCUGCCACUGGCUCAACUCGUGGUUCUGGCGCCACUGGUUCGCACUCGACCAUAUUGAACUGCAUCCAGCCCGUCGCGAUUACCUCGAGCACAAGUUUGGCACGCUCAAGUGUUUCAACGGACGCAACAACUUUGUCAUCCCGUACCUUGUGCAAAUUCCUUAUUACGUGUGGCUUGGUGUAUCGCGUCAACGCGACACGAGCAAUGCAGCUACGGCGUUCGAAGUUGAGGCGGGCAAUCAUGUCAUUGUGCCGCCGUCGUUCCCCGACGUUGCUCGUGAGCGUCUGAGUCAGUCCAAAACUAACAACAUGUCGACCGAGGGUGCGAUCGAAAGGCUCAAAGGAGACAGCUCCAUGCAGUGGCCUCAGAGCUCGUUCCACUAUCAAAAGAAGCUAUGGCGUCUGCCAUUCGUCGAUGACCGCUUCAGUGAUAUGUUCCGCACCUGGAUCUAUGGCUUCACGUGGGAGGACCCGUACGUUGACAUGGAGCAUCUGGACCUAGGCCCCAGCGACUCAAUUCUCUGCAUCACAAGUGCCGGAGACAAUGCGUUGCAUUAUGCAGCGACGGCGAAGCCACACCGCAUUCAUGCCGUUGACAUGAACCCGUGCCAAGGACACCUGCUGGAGCUGAAGCUUGCCUCCAUCGCAACACUCGACUACGCAACGUUCUGGAGCAUGUUUGGCGAAGGCAAAAUCGACAACUUCCCUGAUCUGCUCGACCAGCGCAUCUCGCCGCUGUUGUCUUCGCACGCGUAUCAGUUUUGGAAGUCGAACAACAAGUCGUUUGAGCGUGCAUUCUACUUCCGCGGCUACUCUGGCCAUGCGCUGCGGCUUGCCAAGGCCGCGUUUAAUCUAAUGGGUGCCAAAAAAGAUGUCGUGGCUAUGUGCACGACCAAAGACUUGGCGGAACAGAAGAGGAUCUGGGAUACGAAAGUCCGCAAGACCAUCAUCAAUGAGACUUUGAUUCGUGUUUUCCUCUCGAACCCUGCCUUCCUCUGGAAUGCACUGGGUGUUCCGAUCAACCAGUUUGACAUAUUCAAAAACGAAGGCUGCUCAGUGGAGCAGUUUGCCGUUGACACACUCGACCCAAUACCGGCUCGCUCGCUUAUGUCGACGGACAAUUACCACUACCGCCUCUGUCUUAUGGGCAACUACAGUCAUGAGAGCUGUCCCCUUUACCUCAAAGAAGAUGCAUUCAACGCGCUGAAGGCCGAUAAUGCUAAGGCGCUUGACUGCUUCCGCCUCCACACAGAUGCAAUCGUCUCCGUGCUCCGUGGAAUGCAGGACGCAAGCUUGACCCGCGCUAUCCUCAUGGACCACAUGGACUGGUUCAAUCCCGUGGAAGACUCGGUACCUAUGCCGUCAUUGGACGCGGCUCGCAACGAAGAGGACAAGUCAGUCGCUGACCUCGAUCGUGAGGUCGUGGAGCUCGCUCGCGUCAUUUGUAAGGGCGGCGCCGUGUUCUGGCGCAGUGCUGCCAAACACCCGUGGUACUCCCAGCGCUUCGAGAAAGCUGGCUUCCGUGUCGCCCCCAUCCACAUCCGUGAGACGGGCAAGCCCAUCGAUAAUGUCAACAUGUACGCAUCAUUCUACAAGGCUGUGCGGAUGUAG